CUCCCCGGAUGGAGGCUCGGGCCGCGGAGUGAUGGUGGCGGCAGCGGAGAUGGGCCGGGCAGGGGCUAUGGCGGUGGCGGCAGAGGUGGCAGGGGCGGGGCGGCUGGCGGUAGAGGAGGCUGUGGUCUUCAGGGGACUGUAGGUGGAGGAAUGGCUCGGGCCGGCAGCGGGAACGGCAGCGAAGAGGCCUGGGGGGCACUUCGGGUGCCGCAACAGCAGCUUCGAGAACUGUGCCCAGGAGUGAAUAACCAGCCCUACCUCUGUGAGAGUGGCCACUGCUGCGGGGAGACGGGCUGCUGCACCUACUACUAUGAGCUCUGGUGGUUCUGGCUGCUCUGGACAGUCCUCAUCCUCUUUAGCUGCUGUUGCGCCUUCCGCCAUCGACGGGCUAAACUCCGGCUGCAGCAACAGCAGCGGCAGCGUGAGAUCAAUUUGUUGGCUUACCACGGGGCGUGCCACGGGGCGGGCCCUGCCCCUGCUGGUUCACUGCUUGACCUUCGCCUCCUCAGCGCCUUCAAACCCCCAGCCUACGAAGAUGUGGUUCACCGCCCCGGCACGCCACCACCUCCUUACACCGCGGCCCCUGGCUGCCCCCUGACCGCCUCCAGCGAAUGUACUUGCCGGUCCUCUGCAUCCAGCUGCCCCACUCACUUCGAGGGAACAAAUAUGGAAGGGGUCUCCUCCCGCCAGACCGUCCCCCAUCAGGAGGAUGAGCCUGGGGCCUGCGGGAGCCCUGUCCCUACACCCCCCUCCUGCCGCUCUCGCCGCCUGACUGGUGACUCGGGCAUCGAGCUCUAUCCUUGUCCUGAUUCCAGUGAGGGUGAGCCAUUCAAGGUGGCUCGAGCUAGUGCCCCCCUGCCCAGUGUGGAGGACCAAUCCCCCUGUGCACUGCCCCUCAAUCCUGUACCCCAGGUCUCUCCUGUGGGGCUGGCUUCCAGUGAAGGGGACAUCCUGUAAGCAAUCGGGGAGGAUCGGUGGAUGGCUCACCCAGCCAGAAAGCAUUCUGGCCCCAUCACCUUGAGCCCUUCUCAGCCUCUCCCUGCCCUCUUACAGUCCGCCCUGAAGGGCUGGAGCCCUGAGUUGAGGGGCGGCGUUUGAGGGACUGUCCACGUUCAAACCCCUCAAAACAUACACAGGAGCCUUUGAUCUCAUUAAAGAGAUGUGAACCA